AUGUAUCCGUACGGUCAGUACGGUCGUCCCCAAAUGCCUCCGGGCUUUACCGGAAUGAUGCCACCAUCAUUCGGUAUGCCUCCAGGUACUGGCGCGCCUGGAACCCCCGGGCUCCCUCCUCCUCCAGGAACCGGCGGCGCACCACCUGGCACGAUGCAAGCCAAUAUGCCCACCCGUCCUGGCAUGGCCGGUUUUGUGCCCCCCGCCAAUCUACCGAACAUAAACUUCAACGCGCCGAUCAUUAGGCUGGGUACGAGCGUGACGAGGCAGAAUCCUGUACCUAGCGCCGGCGGUAAGGGUAUGGGUGGUAUGGGAGGUGGUGGGCAAAUGUUCAGUAGGGAAGCGGUUGUAGAUUUAGUCCCGCCAACGGUUGAAGAACAGCUGAAGACAGUUUUUGUGGGCGGUAUCCCAGGAAGCUUGGGCGAUGAGUGGAUGGAAAAAAUACUUAGGUCUGCGGCGAAUUUGAAGAAGUGGGCACGAGCCACAAACGAAAAUGGAGAUCCAUGCAAGUUUGGUUUCGCGGAAUAUGAAGAUCCUGAAAGUCUUGGGUGCGCAAUCGAAGUUCUUAAGGAUUUAGAGAUACCUGCUGUUGACGAUAAAGGGGAAGCUGCUAAGUUAAUGGUUGUCAUCGAUGAUAACUCGACCACAUUCCUCGAAAACUGCCAGGAGCAUUCCGAAAGACAACAGCCUGAUUACGCUUCUAUUCAGCAAUCUCGCAUCGAUGCCGCCCGUGCGGCCAUCGCAGCAACAAUAUCAGAGCUCAACGACCCUACAAAACGCGCCUCUGCUAAACCCGACACCACCGCCUCUCCCAACACCACAAGAUCCGAAUCUGAAGCUCCUACAAAGAAUGAGCCCGAAACAUCAAAUACACAACAACAACCAGAAAUUGUAACAAUCCCUCUCUCUGCAGAUGACGAACUGAGUGACAUCCCAGCAGACAUGCGUGAAAUGGUAGCGAAGGAGAUUGCCGCUUUCCGCGAACGCUCUAACCGCAGAGAUCUGGAGCGCUUGAAACGGGAGGAAGAAAUUGAAAAGAUGGAACGCGAGAGAAAUGCUGGCCCGCGGAUUAACCGUCUAGCGUCUUCUCCCCCACCUUCAAGCGCGCCUACAGGUCCAUCUGGCGGGGCAAAUGCUAUCCCAAUUGGACCAAGUAGGCUUCGUGGUGAUGGACCUUCAAGUCGUGUUCCUACUGGGCCAUCAGCUGGUGUACAGGUUCCCCGCGAUUACCAGAAGGGUGUAGCGUUCGUUAACGGAAACCAUCCGAACGGAUAUCUAUACUCCAAGGAGGAGGAAGAUUCGGAUGCAAGCGACGAGGAACUUGAACGAAGGAGAAAAGCCAAGAAGGCAGCCGACGCGGAGAAAAAUUUCCUUGAUCAUGAAAGACGCUGGCUCAACCGUGAGAGAUCACGAACCAGUGCAUUAGAACGGGAGCAGCUUAGGGAUGCUGAGGACGAGGUCAGAGAGGCUGCCGAGAAGCAGGCGAUGGCAAAACGACUAGAAGCGUGGGACGACGACGUUGAAGCAGAGAAGAAAAUUGAAGAGUAUUAUGUUGAUCGUAGUGUGUGGAUCCGGAACCGUGCGGCUUUCCGUGCUAGAGAAGCGGAACUAGAUGACCGUGAUCGCGCUGCCGAAAUACGGCAAACAGAGAUUGACGGCGAUAAGAAGCGUGCGGCAGAAAGCAUGGCGGAUAGCUUCCUUGCGAGACAAGCAGAGGAGAUGGAGAAGGCUGCGGCGACAGUUAAGGAGCCACAGAAGUUCAAGCUUGCAUUGGGCGCGGCAGCGUCGAAGAAGCAGGAGGCUAGCGCGCCAAGAAGGAAGACAGCUGCUGAGGUUGAAGGGCUGUUGGAAGAUGAAGAAGAGGAUGAUAGUAUUAGAAGAAGAGUAUUGGUGCCGAUCACAUACGAUGCUUCAAGUGUUAUGGACGAAGAGACCAGGGAGAAGCUGGUGAAACAAUUGGCGCAGGAGAUUCCGAGCGACAGGUCAGGGUUGUUCGAUUGGAAAGUUCAAUGGGACCAUGUGGAUGAAGCGAUCAUUGGCGAGAAGCUGCAGCCAUUUGUGGAGAAGAAAAUCAUGGAGUACCUCGGUGUGCAAGAACAAGAGCUUGUUGGCUUUGUUCUCGAUCAUAUCCGUAAGCGCGGUACUGCAGAAAACCUUGUGAAAGAAUUGGAAAUGGCACUUGGCGAGGAUGGCGAAACAAUGGUCAAGAAAGUCUGGCGUAUGGUUAUCUUCUAUUCCGAGAGUGAGAAGAGAGGACUCAAUUAG